GGUCAGAUUAAUGAAAUAAAUUUCUCCAUCUAUUUUAAUAUACACCUGAGAAGAAGGAGAAAGCAGGCUAAUCCAAUCACAGUUUCAGUACCUCUUUAUAGAAACCCAAUUACCACAUUUCACAUCUAGAGAGAGUGAUCAGUGGGAGAUGGCAAAGGGUCUGAUAUGGACAACAGCAGAGGACUUAGCAAGAAACAGAGGAAGAGUGCUUUCACUGUAUAGACAGAUUUUAAGGAGCCUCAACUCGCCUGCUUUGCCUUUGAAUUUGGCUGCUAGAUUGUCCAAGAAAGCCGAGGUUCGUGCAAUCUUUAUGCUGGGUUCUGAAGAACGAUCCAUCCACAACAUCGAGGACCUUAUAGAUGCCGCAGAGUACUCUCUAUCUCUGUUGAGGAAAGGUGAAAUCCCAAAGCACAUCCAGUAAAUGAGUGAUGGAUGUCUAUAUCACUUCCUAUGGACUAGGCAAGCUGGAUACUUGAAUUGAAUUUGUUUCUGUCUUAAGUUGAUAUUCUCCCAUAACUGUAGUUGGAAGUAUAUGACUGAUAACUGGAAAGGCUGUCCUACAACUGUUUUUGUGUAGCAGGAAUUUUCGUUUGUUGAUGAAUAAUAGUUGAUGAAACUAAAUUUACUA